AUGUCAUUAGAGGCACCAAGUUUGGGCUUUGUAUCAACCGAUGUGGGACAAGGAUUACAAUUAGUCAUCCCUGCUUUUUCAAGAAUUUCUUCUGCAUACUUUUUUUGCAAGAGAAACAUACCAGUUGCAUUACGGGUAACUGCAAUCCCUAAAAUUAGCUCAGUGGACCAAGGUCCUUCAUUUGGUGACUACGAGUGGUCAUUUGGUGAAGCCUGGGAUUGGGUACUGGGGGCUGAUGGGUAUUGUUCAGAGAAUAGAGAAGAGUAUUUGGUGAGGCUAAGAUUUGAACGGUGUGAGCUUGUGGGGUUGGUUGAGGAGAAGUGGCUGGAAAGAGUGGGUAGCAUAAACAACCAAAGACAUGAAGAUGGGAAUAGAUGGGAUCUUUCCGAUAGAGGACUUGCGUUGGGGAACAAUAUCCGAGAACUUUGGUGGGAAGAAUGUUUAGAAGAUAAGUGGCCAUUUGAAGAGCAUGGUGCCAAAAGGAAGGUGGCAUGGAUGAGUGUGCUAAUAAGAAAUAAUCAUUCAAAUUUGGUGUCUAUAUCAUCCUGCUCCUUUCAUUUACCUUUAUUCAAUCUAACUUUCCUACUUCAUACCCAACACAGGUUUGAUUGUGCAGUAUUCACCUCAAUGGCACCAAAUUCUGCAGUGCCAGAUGAACAGGUUGUUGUUGGAGAGGAGAUAGAUCAUGUAAGAGUGGUCACUUUGAACAGGCCGAAACAGUUGAAUGCCAUCUCACCAGAACUGGUUUCUCUGCUAGCAACAUAUUUGGAAAAGUGGGAGAAGGAUGAAAAUGCAGAGCUAGUUAUCAUAAAGGGAGCUGGUCGAGCUUUUUGUGCUGGAGGGGAUCUGAGAGUGUUCUAUGACGGCAGAAAAACAAAGGAUGCCUGUCUUGAAGUUGUCUAUAGAUUUUACUGGUUAUGCUACCACAUUAGUACCUACAAGAAAACUCAGGUUGCUCUUGUUCAUGGAAUUUCAAUGGGUGGAGGUGCAGCUUUAAUGGUCCCUUUGAAGUUUUCAGUUGUAACAGAAAAGACCGUUUUUGCCACUCCUGAAGCAAGUUUUGGUUUUCAUACUGAUUGUGGCUUCUCAUACUAUCACUCUCGUUUACCAGGGCAUUUGGGUGAAUUCUUGGCGCUUACUGGAGGAAGGUUGAGUGGGAAGGAAAUAGUUGCUGCUGGACUGGCAACUCAUUUUGUCCUUUCUGAGAAAAUUGGUGAGCUAGAGAAGCGCUUGAUUAGCUUGAAUUCUGGUGAUGAGAAAGCCAUAAGAUCAGUACUUGAAGAAUUUUCUUCAGAAGUUAAUCUUGAUGAAGAGAGUAUCUUAAACAAGCAGUCAACAAUUAAUGAGUGCUUCUCAAAGGAUUCUGUAGAAGAAAUUAUAAAAUCAUUGGAAGUUGAAGCAGACAAAGAAGGAAAUAGAUGGAUCGGUGCAGUUGUGAAAGGAAUGAAAAGAUCAUCACCAAUUGCGUUGAGAAUAACUCUAAGAUCGGUUCGUGAAGGGAGGAGUCAAACACUAGCUCAAUGCUUAAAAAGGGAUUUCAGAUUAACAACGAACAUACUUCGAGCUACAAUAUCUAAGGAUAUGUAUGAGGGUAUUAGAGCUCUUACCAUUGACAAGGAUAAUUCUCCGAAGUGGGAACCUUCAUCGCUUGACAAAGUAGAAGAUGCAAAGUUGGACUUGAUCUUUCAGCCAUUUGAGCAGAAUUUGGAGCUGCAUAUUCCAGAAAGUGAGGAAAGCAGGUGGGAUGGUAAAUACGAGAAUUCAGCUUAUGCUGUUCUAAACUGAGAAAAAUUCCAAUCACUGGUUAAAUGCUGCUUCUUUUAGAGUUCCUCCAACAUUAUGUCAUGAAUCAAUAAAUUUUUACAGAUGAUAAACAUUCAUGCAGAGCCCUCUAAGUUUCUUGUCACUAUUUUGGGGAAAGAAAUAAGAACACUGAGAUUGUACAAGCAUAGAUGAAGUAUGAUGUGAGAGUAUAAGGCUAUGCCUAUUUAUAUCAACAAUUUUUUCUUUCCAGUUUAUGAAUGGUUCAUCUCAUGUGAUUAGUUAUUUUUAAAUAAAUGCUUAAUUUUUCUAUUUAA